CUCCAAGUAAACGUAUCGGGACUUCAUGGUCGCAGUGCUCAGGAGCUUUUAUAUAGAGCCUAAGGUCCGCCACUCUCAAGACAAGUACAACCCAAUGUCGGGUCCCGGUAGAUCACAUUCAAGUUUCCGUUCGACUUCCUUUUUCAUGUCUUAAGAAAAGGCUGCAGUUCCACUUCAGACGAUGCCCGUUGUCAACGCCGAGUUGAUCAGCCGCGGGCUGUAUGAGAUUAGCACCCUGUUGCCACGAGAAGGUAACUUACAAACCCGAGGUGUGGAUCAUCGUGCAUUAGAAACACUGGCUGUUGCGGCUACAUGUAUCUUUGGUGUCGGGGGCUUUAUCGUAUGGGCCAUGAGACAAAAGUAAUCAACUCACGUGAAGCCAUACAACCUCUGUCUCACCUCGCCAUACCAUUGCGUCAGAGCAUGGAGCUCACUUGUGGACGUGAUUGGCCAUGGGUUCGUCGGAUUAGAUUGUAGGACGCGGGUGGCAAGCUGGGAUUGUCGCCUUCCUCAAGAGCACACCAAGACGACGUUUGGAUGCAAGGCAAAUGAGUAAUACCAAUAAUCAGAUGGUGUUCAGGUGAAAAGCAGUGGAUGAGGCAGGAACGCAAUAGAUCGAUAGAGUCAGGAUACCCAUUCCCACAUAGCUUCAACGCACCCCUAAUUUUACC